AACUGCUUCUCUCUAUGUAUACUAUAUAAGAGCCACACACUAUCUUUUCACAUUUACUCUCAUAUUUUGUCCCCACUCUUCUACAGUUUUAAUAUAUAUAUAUAAGCAACAUCUUCAUCUCUCUAUUCGACAUAUAGUCACACUUGGAGCUAGUUUUAUAUUACUCAGAUUAAGUUUCUUUGUUUUUUUGCAGAUCAAAGGGAAUGAAUUCAGUAUCUGCAGACCAGCGAAAGAGUUUUGGAGAUGAUGCUGAUGCUGAUCCAAUAUGUAACAAAAGCAUUAUAUUUCCAAAUAGAGUUGUUGCAUUAGCUAACAGAUUCGAGAAGAAAGACCGUUCCUGGUAUGUCAAAUCUCAAAUCCCUACUGAUCUGUCUAUUCAAGUCGACGACAUUACCUUUAAAGCACACAAGUUUCCUUUGAUCUCCAAAUGUGGUUACAUGAGCUCUAUUGAGCUAAAACCUUCAACUUCUGAGAAUGGAUAUCAUCUCAAGCUGGAAAACUUCCCAGGUGGAGCAGAUACAUUUGAGACCGUUCUGAAAUUUUGCUACAAUCUCCCACUGGACUUGAGUCCUCUCAAUGUAGCUCCACUAAGAUGUGCAUCAGAAUACUUGUACAUGACUGAAGAAUUUGAAGCCGGGAAUUUAAUAUCCAAGACAGAAGCUUUCAUCACUUUUGUAGUACUUUCCUCAUGGAGAGAUACAUUCACUGUUCUGAGAUCCUGUGCAAACUUAUCUCCAUGGGUCGAAAACCUCCAAAUCGUAAGGAGAUGUUGUGACUUGCUUGCUUGGAAAGCUUGCAAUGAUAACAACAAACCAGAAGAUGUUGUAGAUAGCAAUGACAGAUGUUUAUACAGUGACGUAGCCACCCUUGGCAUUGAUCACUUCAUGAGGGUUAUAACAACUAUGAAAGCAAGACGUGCCAAGCCGGAUAUUGCAGGUAAGAUCAUCAUGAAGUAUGCAGAGAACUUUUUGCCGAUAAUCGAUGACGAUUUGGAAGGAAUAAGAGGUUACGGUUUAGGGAAAAAUGAGUUGCAGUUCAGUGUGAACAGAGAAAGAAUGGAGGAAAGCAGCAGUUUAGGAUGUCAAGAACAUAAAGAAACUAUUGAAAGCUUAGUCAGUGUACUUCCUCCACAAUCUGGAGCAGUCUCAUGCCACUUUCUCUUAAGGAUGCUGAAAACAGCAAUUGUUUACUCUGCAUCUCCAGCUUUAAUAUCUGAUCUUGAGAAACGGGUCGGCAUGGCUUUGGAAGAUGCUAAUGUAUGUGACCUCCUGAUUCCUAACUUCAAAAAUGAAGAUCAGCAGAAAGGAGCAAGCUCACUUGAGGUAUACACUAUAUACAAUGUGGAUGUGGUUCACAGGAUUUUCGAGUAUUUCUUGAUGCAUGAGCAACAACAAGUACUAGGAAAGCCAAGCAUAACCAAGCUCUUGGACAAUUAUUUAGCCGAGAUUGCAAAAGAUCCAUGUCUACCCAUCACAAAGUUUCAGGUUCUAGCAGAAAUGUUGCCGGAAAAUGCUUGGAAAUGCCAUGACGGUCUCUAUAGAGCAAUUGAUAUGUUCCUCAAGACUCAUCCUUCACUAUCAGAGCACGAUAGAAGAAGAUUAUGCAAGACAAUGAACUGUGAGAAACUAUCACUUGAUGCAUGCCUACACGCUGCACAAAAUGAUCGGUUGCCUCUGAGAACUAUCGUCCAGAUCAAUACUCAAGUGCUUUUCUCGGAACAAGUAAAGAUGAGAAUGAUGAUGCAAGACAAGCUACAAGAGAAGAAGGAAGAAAAUUCUGAAGGUCGUGAGGAUAAACAAAUGUCUAGAGAUAAUGAAAUCAAGACAUGCCUUAAGGAAGAGCUGGAAAAUGUGAAGAAGAAGAUGGCAGAGCUUCAGAACGAUUACAAUGAGCUUCAAAAAGAGUAUGAAAAGCUAAGUAGCAAACAGAAGAGCUCACAUAACUGGGGUUUGCGUUGGCAAAAGGUGAAGAAAUCGUUCCAGAUAAAACACGAAGACGAUGAAACAAGAGACGGGGCAAGAAGAAGAAGUUCCACGGGACCAAGAACCAGCCUCAGGAGAAGAAUGUCAAUGUCAUAAGCCUUAACUUGCGUUUUACGGAAUUAAACCAAUCAAUCAAAGUCUAGGCAAAAAUAUGUCAGCAUAAUGCCCAAUUAUGUAUUCACAUUGUUUUGAAGACUGUGACACAUUUGAUGAAAAGAGCUGUGACUUUCUGAAUA